UUUGCCUGGGGAACGGGAAAUCCGCUUUGACCCACGUCUGCACACUCGUAGUUCCGCCCCUCGGCCCCAAUGUUUGUUGUUGUGCGGAUACAGGUUGCUUCUGCCCCGCCCCCGUCGACACAAUCUCCACCAAUCAAUGGGGUGGUCGUUUUGAGGGACAAAUGGCAAGAGCCAAUCGUCUUGGCGGAAAUUCAGAGAAACAGGGGACUAGUUACUGUCUUUAUCCGCCAUGUUAGAUUCGCCGCCACAGGGAUAGCAGCAGAGCUGGCUGCGGACGGUCCUUGCAUUGGCCUCUGGCAGGCGCCCCCCGGGGGCGGGAAGCUGGCCUACAACAUGGAACCACAGGUUACUCUAAAUGUGACUUUUAAAAAUGAAAUUCAAAGUUUUCUGGUUUCUGAUCCAGAAAAUACAACUUGGGCUGAUAUCGAAGCUAUGGUAAAAGUUUCAUUUGAUCUGAAUACUAUUCAAAUAAAAUACCUGGAUGAAGAAAAUGAAGAGGUAUCCAUCAACAGCCAAGGAGAAUAUGAAGAAGCACUUAAGAUGGCAGUUAAACAGGGAAACCAGCUGCAGAUGCAAGUCCACGAAGGGUACCAUGUCAUUGAUGAAGCCCCAACCCCAGUUGUAGGAGCAAAACGACUAGCUUCCAGGACAGGGAAGAAGCCACUUGCACAUUACUCUUCACUGGUGAGAGUCUUGGGAUCGGACAUGAAGACCCCAGAGGAGCCUGCAGUGCAGUUGUUUCCACCUGCUUCAUGUGACACAGACCAGCCUCAAGACAAGCCCCCAGACUGGUUCACGAGCUACCUGGAGACAUUCAGAGAACAAGUGGUUAAAGAAACGGUUGAGAAGCUUGAACAGAAAUUACAUGAGAAGCUUGUCCUCCAGAACCCAUCCUUGGGUUCUUGUCCUUCAGAAGUCUCAAUUCCUACUUCAGAGGAAACAUUGUUUUUACCAGAAAACCAGUUCAGCUGGCAUAUUGCUUGCAACAACUGCCAAAGAAGGAUUGUUGGCGUCCGCUACCAGUGUAGCUUAUGCCCGUCCUACAAUAUCUGUGAAGAUUGUGAAGCAGGGCCAUAUGGCCAUGACACUAACCACGUCCUGCUGAAGUUACGGAAACCUGUUGUGAGUUCCUCUGAACCAUUCUCUCACUCAAAGUACUCUACUCCUCGUCUUCCUGCUGCUCUGGAACAAGUCAGGCUCCAGAAACAGGUUGAUAAGAACUUUCUUAAAGCAGAAAAGCAAAGGUUGCGAGCUGAGAAGAAACAACGUAAAGCAGAGGUCAAAGAACUUAAAAAGCAGCUUAAGCUCCAUAGGAAAAUUCACCUAUGGAAUUCAAUCCAUGGACUCCAGAGCCCCAAGUCUCCUUUAGGCCGACCUGAAAGCUUGCUCCAGCCUAAUACCCUGAUGCUCCCUUUGCAGCCCUGUACCCCAGUUAUGCCAACGCUCAGUGCAGCAUUUGUAGAUGAGAAUUUGCCUGAUGGGACUCACCUUCAGCCAGGAACCAAGUUUAUCAAACACUGGAGGAUGAAAAAUACAGGAAAUGUAAAGUGGAGUGCAGACACAAAGCUCAAGUUCAUGUGGGGAAACCUGACUUUGGCUUCCACAGAAAAGAAGGAUGUUUUGGUUCCCUGCCUCAAGGCUGGCCAUGUGGGAGUUGUAUCUGUGGAGUUCAUUGCCCCAGCCUUGGAGGGAACGUAUACUUCCCAUUGGCGUCUUUCUCACAAAGGCCAGCAAUUUGGGCCUCGGGUCUGGUGCAGUAUCAUAGUGGAUCCUUUCCCCUCCGAAGAGAGCCCUGAUAACACUGAAAAGAACAUGAUCAGCUCAAGCAAAGCUGAUGAUCUCACCUGCCAGCAAGAGGAAGCUUUUCUUCUGGCUAAAGAAGAAAUACAGCUUGGUGAAGUGACUGAGCAGACAGAAGGGACAGCAGCCUGCAUCCCACAGAAGGCAAAAAAUGUUGCCAGUGAGAGGGAGCUCUACAUCCCAUCUGUGGAUCUUCUGACUGCCCAGGACCUGCUAUCCUUUGAGCUGUUGGAUAUAAACAUUGUUCAAGAGUUGGAGAGAGUGCCCCACAACACCCCUGUGGAUAUGACUCCCUGCAUGUCUCCUCUGCCACAUGACGGUCCUUUAAUUGAGAAGCCAGGCUUGGGGCAGAUACAGGAAGAGAGUGAAGGGGCAGGAUUUAAAGCACUUCCUGAUUCUGUGGUGUCAGUAAAGAGGAAGCCUGAGAACAUUGCUUCUGUGGAGGAAGCAGAAGAAGACCUGAGUGGGACCCAGUUUGUGUGUGAGACAGUAAUCCGAUCCCUUACCUUGGAUGCUGCCCCAGAUCACAAUCCUCCUUACAGACAGAAGUCCUUGCAGAUGAAAUUUGCCUUGCCUGAAGAAGGACCCCUUGGAAAUGAGAGGGAGGAGAUUGUCCAUAUUGCCGAGGAAGAAGUCGUGGUGGAGGAGGAGGAGGAGGAAGAGGAGGAGGAUGAGCUCAAAGAUGAAGUUCAGAGUCAAUCCUCUGCUUCUUCAGAGGAUUACAUCAUCAUCCUGCCUGAGUGCUUUGAUACUAGCCGCCCCCUGGGGGAUUCCAUGUACAGCUCUGCACUCUCACAGCCAGGCCUGGAGCGAGGUGCUGAAGGCGAACCUGGGGUUGAGGCUGGGCAGGAACCAGCUGAGGCUGGGGAGAGACUCCCUGGAGGGGAGAACCAGCCACAGGAGCACAGCAUAAAUGACAUCCUCAUGACCUCACAGACUCUGGAAACAGUGCCCCUAAUCCCAGAGGUAGUGGAGCUUCCACCACCACUGCCCAGGAGUCCUCCUUGUGUACAUCAUCAUGGUUCCCCAGGAAUGGAUUUACCAGUUAACAUACCAGAAGCUUCUUCAGUCCCUGAUCAGAUCAGAGGAGAGCCCAGAGGCUCAUCAGGACUUAUAAACAGCAGACAGAAGAGCUAUGACCACUCAAGGUAACAACCUUGUGCAGUCUCUUUUUCAGAAGCAGGUGGAUAUCCUAGUAUUGCUUCUGUUUAAAAGAGCCUCUCACAGCAUGUACCCAUCUUCAGAGAGCAGAGAAGGGGAGCCCUCAUUCCUUCUUGUCCUUAUUUCUUCUAAACCCUUUGAGCAACACUGAACAAAGGGCAAA